AUUUUAUCAAGAAUGGGAAAUAAUCAUGAAAAAUUCUUUUCUAAAGAAAAGCGUAAACUCCUCAUUUUAGGACUUAAUGGAGUUGGGAAAUCAAGUAAAAUUAUAAAUUCGAUUUAAGCUCUAAUCAAAACUCUAAAUUAAGGAAAUUAUCAAGAUAAGAAGGAAGAUUUAUAAAUUAUAGACAUCAAAUUAAAAAAUAUCACUCUAUGUGUUUUUGAUAUGGGAGGAAGUGAAAGAUAAAGAAUAUUUUGGAGAUAAAACUUUUAUGGAAGUUAAGGAGUGAUUUAUGUUAUAGAUGGGAAUAUUGAUAUCUAAAAGGCAUUAUUAGAAUUAGAAAAAAUAUUGAUUGACACUGAUCUCAAAGACGUACAUACCUGAUUAUUAUUAAGACUCCUAUUGCAGUUUUUGUUAAUAAUUAUGGAAAAGAUAAUCCUUUUGACAAGAUUUAAGAAUUUUUAAAGUAAAAUUUAUUUUCUUAUUUUAAAAAGAAAUAAGCCUGGAAAAGUAAAUAUCUUUAAAGGAAGUACAUUAGAAUAUAAGGACAUAAUGAGUUGUAUAGAGUGGCUUGGCAAAGAAAUGAAACCUAUUUGAAUUAUUUAUUU